AUGGCAUCCAACCUCCCAAACCAGCCAAACCUCCGGGUCACGAUUAUCGCGGCCGACAGCCUCUGCAGGCGCGACGUGUUUCGUUUCCCUGACCCCUUUGCGGUAGCCACGGUCAAUGGUGAACAAACCCACACCACAUCAGUGAUUAAAAAGACUUUGAACCCAUACUGGAAUGAGCCAUUCGACUUGCGUGCCAACGAAGACAGCAUUCUUGCGAUCCAGAUUUUCGACCAGAAGAAGUUCAAGAAGAAGGAUCAGGGGUUUCUCGGCGUCAUCAAUGUGCGCAUCGGAGAUGUCAUCGACCUUCAAAUGGGCGGUGAUGAAAUGCUCACCCGCGACCUCAAAAAAUCCAAUGAUAACCUCGUUGUCCACGGCAAGCUGAUUAUUAACCUGUCGACGAACGUCAAUACCCCGCAUCAACCCCAGUCCAACGGCCUCCAGCGUCAACAUGCCCAAUCCUCGACAUCCAGUGGCCUUGUCCCGCAAGUCGCCGUAUCGACCCCGACGCCGCAGGCUGGCUCGAGUCAGCUUGAUAUGGGACCUCCUGCUGCCUCGAGCUCGUCGCUCCACCGUGCUCCGCCUGGCCAUCCCCCGGCCGCUUCUGUCGCCAAUGGCUCAGCGCCCCCGGAUAGUCAGGGCCGACUACCUGCAGGCUGGGAACGUCGGGAGGAUACCUUGGGGCGGACAUAUUAUGUGGACCACAAUACUCGCACUACGACGUGGUCGCGGCCAUCUGCCAGCUACAAUGAGCAGACUCAACGCACCCAGCGAGAAGUGAACAUGCAGAUGGAGCGUCGAGCUCACCAAAGUCGAAUGCUUCCCGAAGAUCGGACUGGCGCCAGCUCCCCUAACUUGCCCGAUGGACAACAGCCAAAUACCCCGCCAUCAGGUGGUGCGGCCCCUGCCGCCGCUGCUCCUGCGGCGGCGGCUGGAGGUUCUCAUGCUAAUGCUGUUUCUAUGAUGGCGACGGGGGCGACCACUGCAGGUACAGGAGAGCUUCCGCCCGGAUGGGAACAAAGGAACACUCCCGAAGGACGAUCGUAUUUUGUUGACCACAACACUCGUACGACGACCUGGGUCGAUCCACGCAGACAACAAUACAUUCGCAUGUACGGCCAGAACCAAAACCAGGGUGGCAACAACACUACCAUCCAGCAACAGCCUGUCUCCCAGCUCGGCCCUCUUCCCAGCGGAUGGGAGAUGCGUCUUACCAAUACUGCCCGUGUGUACUUUGUGGAUCACAACACCAAAACCACCACCUGGGACGACCCCCGUCUGCCUUCAUCAUUGGACCAGGGCGUGCCGCAAUAUAAACGUGACUUCCGUCGCAAGCUGAUUUACUUCCGAUCUCAGCCUGCUCUGCGUAUCAUGUCUGGACAGUGCCAUGUCAAGGUCCGCCGCAAUAAUAUUUUUGAGGAUUCGUAUGCCGAGGUCAUGCGACAGAGUGCAUCCGAUCUGAAGAAGCGAUUGAUGAUCAAGUUCGAUGGCGAGGAUGGACUUGACUACGGUGGUCUCUCUCGUGAAUUCUUCUUCCUUCUUUCCCACGAAAUGUUCAACCCUUUCUACUGUCUUUUCGAAUACUCCGCACACGAUAAUUAUACCCUGCAGAUUAACCCUCACUCAGGUGUCAACCCAGAGCAUUUGAACUACUUCAAGUUCAUUGGCCGAGUAGUCGGUCUGGCGAUUUUCCACCGCCGCUUCCUGGACUCGUUCUUCAUCGGAGCGUUUUACAAGAUGAUGUUACGGAAGAAGGUGACUCUCCAAGACAUGGAGGGUGUCGAUGAGGACUUACAUCGAAACUUGGCGUGGACCUUGGAUAAUGACAUUGAGGGGAUUGUCGAACUUACCUUUUCGGUUGAUGAUGAGAAGUUUGGAGAGCGUCGCACUAUUGAUUUGAUACCCGAUGGCCGGGAUAUCCCCGUCACUAAUGAGAAUAAGGCACAGUAUAUUGAGUUGGUUACAGAGUGGAAGAUUGUCAAGCGGGUUGAGGAACAGUUCAACGCGUUCAUGUCUGGCUUCAACGAGUUGAUUCCGGCGGAUCUCGUGAACGUAUUUGAUGAGCGUGAACUGGAAUUGCUGAUCGGUGGUAUCGCUGAUAUCGACGUGGACGAUUGGAAGAAGCAUACCGACUACCGUGGCUACCAGGAGCAGGAUGAGGUUAUCCAGAACUUCUGGAAGAUUGUGCGUAGCUGGGAUGCUGAGCAGAAGUCGCGUCUUCUCCAGUUCACCACCGGUACCUCACGUAUCCCUGUCAAUGGUUUCAAGGAUCUACAGGGUUCGGAUGGUCCAAGACGGUUUACUAUCGAGAAAUCGGGCGACCCUGCCGCGUUGCCCAAGUCUCACACCUGUUUCAAUCGUCUUGAUUUGCCCCCGUAUAAGACCCAUGACACCUUGGAGCACAAGAUGUCCAUUGCUGUUGAGGAAACACUCGGAUUUGGACAGGAAUAG